AUGGCUUCGAAAAAAUCUCAUGAAAUCAAACCCUCACCGAGGAAAGACAAAGAAGACUCCUCCCAAGAUAAACCUCAGGACAAAUCCCUAACAACUUAUUUUUCUCCACAGCAACAUAAGUUCACUAAACAGAAAUUAAAUGAUAUGGAUCUUAGUAUGGAAAGUAUGGAGACAGAUGGCAUAAAAAACCCUGAUAAGGAUCCGAUAACGAUUUCUCUGUUUCAUACCAGCCUUAAGGCCAACCUGGAUGCUAUAAAAGCCGAAUUGGCUUCAACUGCUGUAGAAAUCAAAUCCGAUAUAAAACUGGAAAUAAACGCACUUGCUGCAAAAAUGGAAAGAUUUGAAGACCAACUAAAAGAAUUAGAUUUCCAAGUUAAAAACCUAACAGAUGAUUGCCAAAAGGCACACCGGGACAUUUUUGACUUACAAAUCAAAGUAUGUGAUUUAGAAGAUCGAUCCAGGCGAAAAAAUUAA